CCUACAACCAACAUCCCCAUACCACCAUCUUGUGAUGAUUCUGCAUCCUUACCGGUGACCAUUCAUCAAACCUAUCAAGAUGGUACUUAUUAAUGGCCGAAAAUUCGCAUGUGAGGCUUGCAUACGUGGUCAUAGAGCAUCAAAUUGCUCACAUACAGGUAGAAAAUUACAACUCGUUCGCAAGAAAGGCAGACCAAGUUCACAAUGCGAUGUAUGCAGAUCAAAAAGAGCAAAUGGAAGCUUUCAUGGUAGAUGUGAUUGUGGAGAAGAUGAAGAUAUUACAAGUCCACAACAAAACAGAAAACAACGCGGAAAGAGCGAACAGAGUAUAGAGACUUUUACUCCAUUCUUGGUUCAAGAUGAAGCGUCUCUUGGAGACUUGCAGGAAGAGGGAAAGAGCAAGCACAGCUUACAGUCUUUGAUGAAUCCAUGUCAAUGCAAGACAACGGGGAUUUGUAGCUGUUGCAGUCGUGCUUCAUCAAGUAAGGAUGGAAUCGUAAAAACGGCUUCUGUCGAACAACCCGCCUCGUGUGGCUGUAAUGGAGAAAAUCAAUGCUGUGAUGAUGGAAUAGAUGCUGUGCAAUGUGCACCUCUCGUAACAGAAGAUCCUACUCUCAAAGCCAUCAAGCGAAGUUGCUGUGGCAGCAAAACUAGCGAACAAGCACAAACCACACACGACACUCCAAUACUGGAUCCGGUGGCGUCAAUCAUGCCAAUGACGACGGAAGAGGCAGAUGCGAUCCUUGCGCCUGAUUGUCAUUGUGGACCCGAUUGUGCAUGUCCGGGCUGCUUGAUGGAGAAUGAAGAUAUCAGAAAGAAGCGCAAGCAGGGCAAUGAAGAGUGUCCAGACAAGUGUUUGACAUGUUCAGCAUGUGUUUUGGGUUUAACCAGGCCGAGUGGUAUAGAAGCAGUAGAUGCAUGGAUGGAACAAGAUAAACAAAAUACGAUUGACAAAGAAGCUCUUGAGAAGCAUGCAAAUGAUAUAGGAAAUGGAGAGGAAAUCGUCAAUUUAAGCGAAGAACAGACUUCAUCGAGCAAUGCAAUUGGCUCCGAAUCUGAGGUAAGCGAUGGCAGCGAUGAAGCCUCGUCAUCGUCGGUGGCAACCGCUCCUGAAUCUUCUUCUCAGAAGUCACGAUCCCCGCCACCGCAGAGGAAGAUCGACCUUGUCGAGCCUCCAUUACCACCAUUCCCGUCCGCAAGAAAGUACUUUGAAGAUCAUUUCUUGAAUCCUGAGCGGCGGCGGUUCUUUGCCGAUCAAAUUCAGACACAAUCUGGUAAUCAGCAUAGCAAAGUGGCUGAAUCACUACCUCACAAUGAUGACAUCGAGUCUGAAUUCGGAGAGAGACUCGAUGGAGAAACGGACGAAGAAUGGCAAGCAAGGCAUGGGUUCCAAUUCUUGACUCCGGAUGCGAUCAAGAUCUUCGACCAUGCAAAACGAUUUAGAGAAGAAAAGAGGCUGGCGGAAGAAGAAGAGGAAUCGAGUGCGAGACGAGAGGAAGAAGACAGGAUUGCAUCUACAGAAAAGCGGGAAGGUGAAUUAUCUCUUUUGAGGCAACGUGCAUUGUCGGCACACAAGAGGCAAAAGACGACAGCCAGCUAGAAGAACACUUGAUGAGUAUUGUUUCUUUGUAUAAUAUCAAUCAUUCCUAACCCUCAUCCUGAUCAGCAGAUUGCAUAAAGCAGGAGAUCAUGUACACUACCCUAUCUAGAUCAUCUCAUGAGAAAUAAGCAAAAGCAUUCUUUGAU